AUAGACACAGUGAUUAUAAAACUAGCAAAGAAACAGAGAGAGAAAGGCACACAAACAACGCAGACUUGUAACGCAGCAUAUGGCGUCGUUUCUGUCAAACACUCUUUCCAGUCAAUCUCUGCUAAGACACGCUCCUCUUGUACUCUGCCUCUCUCAACAAACUCCAUUACUACUACUGCUCUCUUAAUCAGUCUCUCCACUCGCAACCACCGUUUACACCAGCCACCACACCCACUACUCUCCUUCUUCUCCUUCUCUCUAAUGGCAACGGCUAUUUUUCUUUUCUCUAUUUGUUAUGCCACCUUAUUAACCUUUGGUCUAUGCGACGUCGUUCCAUUAUCGGAGAUCCAAGCUUUGACCUCGUUCAAGCUCCGUCUUCAUGAUCCCCUCGGCGCAUUGGAUGGCUGGGAUCCUUCCACAACUUCAGCUCCCUGUGACUGGCGCGGCAUUGUCUGUUAUGAUAACAGAGUCCGCGAGCUUCGUUUGCCUCGGCUCCAACUGGGCGGAACUAUCAGUGACCAGCUCGCUAACUUGCGCCAGCUGCGCAAGUUGAGUCUUCAUUCUAACAACUUCAAUGGCUCUAUCCCUCCCUCUCUCUCGCAAUGCUCUCUUUUACGCGCCAUUUACUUGCAGUACAACUCACUCUCCGGCGACCUCCCAUCGUCGAUCGUUAGCCUCACUAAUCUUCAAGUCCUUAAUGUAGCUCAUAACGUCCUGUCAGGAAAAAUUCCUGGCUAUAUAUCACAUUCCCUCAGAUACUUUGAUAUAUCCUCAAAUGCCUUCUCCGGCGAGAUACCGGCCAACUUCUCGGCAGAAUCUCAGCUUCAACUUAUCAAUUUAUCUUAUAAUAAAUUCUCUGGAGAAGUUCCGGCGAGCAUUGGUCAACUUAAAGAGCUGGAGUAUUUAUGGCUAGACUCCAACCAGCUAUACGGUACUCUGCCAUCGGCGAUAGCCAACUGUUCUUCGCUUGUACACUUGAGUGCUGAAGAUAAUGCACUGAGAGGUUUGAUUCCAGCAACCAUUGGUUCAAUUCCAAAACUUGAAGUGCUUUCUUUAUCGGAAAAUGGACUCUCCGGUUCUAUUCCUGCUAGUAUUUUCUGUAAUGUUUCGGGUAAUUUUUCUUCGAUCAGAAUGGUUCAGUUGGGGUUCAAUGCUUUCACGGGUAUUGUUAAGCCGCCAAAUGAAGGAGGCUGUGCUACUAGUCUUUUAGAGGUCUUAGACUUUCACGAGAAUCACAUACAAAGCAUGUUUCCAUCUUGGUUGACUAAUAUGACGGCGCUUAGAGUGAUUGAUCUUUCUGGAAACUUCUUUUCUGGUGCUUUACCGGCUGGCAUUGGCAAUCUUUUCAGGUUAGAGGAAAUAAGAGUGGCUAAUAAUUCAUUAACUGGUGAAAUUCCUUUUCAGAUUGUAAAAUGCAGUUCAUUACAAGGUCUUGAUCUGGAAGGGAAUGGGUUUUUGGGUAGUAUUCCUGCUUUCUUGAGUGAACUAGGGAACUUGAAGUCCUUGUCUUUAGGAGGGAACCAUUUUUCUGGUUCGAUUCCACCGGGUCUUGGAGGUCUUUUUGAGCUUGAAACGUUAAAAUUGAACAACAACAAUCUCACGGGAAAUGUACCAGAGGAGUUAUUGAAGCUAAAUAAUUUGAGUAUUUUGAAUCUCGGCUAUAAUAAAUUUUCUGGGGAGAUUCCUUACAAUAUAGGGGACUUGAAAGGUUUGCUGGUUUUGAAUUUGAGUGCUUGUGGGUUUUCAGGGAGGAUCCCUGUGAGUAUUGGGAGUUUGUCGAAACUUACCACUCUGGAUUUAAGUAAGCAGAAUUUGUCUGGAGAGUUGCCAAUUGAAAUUUUUGGGUUGCCAAGUCUGCAGCUUGUUGCUUUGGAAGAGAAUAAGUUAUCUGGGGAUGUUCCUGAAGGUUUUAGCAGUUUAGUUAGUCUACAGUAUCUCAAUCUCACUUCUAAUUCUUUCACUGGUGUGAUUUCUGCAACCUACGGAUUUCUAAGUUCAUUAACUGUUCUCUCAUUAUCCCGGAAUCAAAUUUCGGGUGUAAUCCCAGCAGAGCUUGGCAAUUGUUCUGGCCUCGAAGUGCUUGAACUUCGUUCAAAUCAUUUGAAGGGCAGCAUUCCAGGUGAUAUUUCUCACUUGUCUCGUUUGAAGAAGCUUGAUUUGGGCCAGAAUGAUUUAACCGGUGAAAUCCCAGUGGAUAUUUACAGAUGCUCCUCCCUAGUUUCUGUCUUUUUGGAUGCUAAUAACCUUUCAGGCCAUAUACCAGAAUCGAUGUCCAUGUUGUCAAAUCUAACAUUGUUGAAUCUUUCCUCCAACAGCUUGAAUGGGACCAUUCCAGCAAAUCUUUCUCAGAUCUCUAGCUUGAGAUACUUAAAUUUAUCGAGUAACAAUCUUGAGGGAGAGAUUCCAAAAUUGCUAGCCUCUCGAUUCAACAACCCCUCUGUGUUUUCUAUGAAUAAAAAAUUAUGUGGGAAGCCACUGGAUAGAGAAUGUGCCAAUGCAAGAAACAGAAGAAGGAAAAAACUUUUUCUAUUCAUUGGUGUAGCUGUAGCAGGCGCCUUCAUUUUGUUAUUGUGUUGCUGUGGCUACAUUUACACCCUCUUACGCUGGCGCAAGAGGCUUAGACAAGGUGUAACUGGUGGAAAGAAGCGAAGCCCAGCUCGAGCAAGCUCAGGAGCAGAGAGGGGUCGUGGAAGCGGAGAGAAUGGAGGACCAAAACUCGUCAUGUUCAAUAACAAGAUAACAUAUGCAGAGACGUUGGAAGCAACAAGGCAAUUUGACGAGGAAAAUGUGUUAAGCAGGGGAAGAUAUGGACUCGUAUUCAAGGCUUUAUAUCAGGACGGAAUGGUGCUCUCAAUCCGUCGCCUCCCCAAUGGUUCAAUUGAAGAAGGCACCUUUCGUAAAGAAGCAGAAUCAUUAGGAAAGGUGAAGCAUCGAAACUUGACAGUUUUACGAGGCUACUAUGCAGGACCACCUGAUGUAAGACUGCUUGUUUAUGAUUACAUGCCUAAUGGAAACCUAGCUACUCUCCUUCAAGAAGCUUCCCACCAAGACGGGCAUGUUCUAAAUUGGCCAAUGCGUCACUUAAUUGCUCUUGGCAUUGCUCGGGGCCUAGCUUUCUUGCAUUCAGUCUCAAUGGUCCAUGGUGAUGUCAAGCCGCAAAAUGUUCUUUUUGAUGCUGACUUUGAAGCACAUCUGUCAGAAUUCGGACUAGAAAAAUUAACAACAGCAACAUCAGCAGAAGCUUCCUCAUCUUCCACCGCAGUUGGAUCACUAGGCUAUGUAUCACCAGAAGCAGCAUUAACAAGACAGCCCACAAAAGAAGGCGAUGUGUACAGUUUUGGGAUUGUUUUGUUAGAGAUCCUAACAGGAAAGAAAGCAAUCAUGUUUACCCAGGAUGAAGAUAUCGUCAAGUGGGUUAAAAAGCAAUUGCAAAGAGGCCAAGUAUCAGAAUUACUAGAACCCGGGUUACUUGAGCUAGACCCUGAGUCAUCAGAAUGGGAAGAAUUCUUGUUAGGAGUUAAAGUUGGGCUUCUUUGCACAGCAGCUGAUCCACUUGAUAGACCAUCAAUGGCUGACAUUGUUUUCAUGCUUGAAGGCUGCAGGGUUGGACCAGAUAUUCCCUCCUCAGCUGAUCCCACUACACUACCGUCUCCGGUUUGAACAAUUAUUUUUUGUUUAGUAUUUGAAAAAGAAUUACUUCCCCAAAAGAAGUAUCAUUCUUGAUCAUUAUUUUCUGCAAGUUAAUAUUAGUGUUAUCAACUUAUCAAUCAUCAUUGCAAACUUUAGUUCAUUGUUUCUUCUA